UCUAGCAAUUGAUUACCUAUUUUUUUUUUGGACGAAGUCGGGCGCUAAAAAUUCACAUUUUUGGCAUUAAACAAUGGAGGCCCUGGUGAAUUAUAGUAGCGAGGACGACCAGGAGGAUGCUGGCUACCAGAUACGGGCACCACAACAACAACAACAACUGCAGCAGUCGCCGCAUGCUAAAGCAGCAGCAGCAACAACAACUACUAGUAACUUCCUAAAGCAGAGGAACAACAACAAUAACGAUGACUACAACUACAACAACAGUCCGAGGGAGAAGGACCAUCGGAACAGAGAGCGGGAGAGGGAAAGGGAGCGGGAGAGGACGAAGCGACGCCAUCACACCCACACUCCCACUCCUCCGCUGCCGACGUCGCAGCAGCAGAAUCACAGGAGCAGCAGCAGAGGCCGCAUCGAUGAGGAUGAGGAACCGCAGCCCAGUAGCCGCCACCGCCAGGAGCGGGACAAGGACAGGGAACGGGAGCGGGAGCGAAACAGCGAGCGGGAGCGGGACAGGGACAAGGACAAGGACAAAGACAAGGAUCGCGAGCGGGAGAAGCGCGACAAAGGACGCGACAAGGAUCACAGCAAGGGCGAUCAUCGCCACCAUCGUACCAAAGACGGCAACAGCCACAGGGAGCGCGAAAGGGAACGCGAUCGGGAGCGGGAGAGGGAGCGAGAUCGCGACAAGGAUCGCGACCGCAGGCGUUCGGAGAAGAGCAGCCGCCACCACGGCAAGGAGCGCCACCAUCAUCACAACAACUCCUCUUCCUCCUCGUCAGCCGCCGCAGCAGCAGUUGCAGCAGUGGUGAAUGCAGCAGCCGGACGUCGGUCCUACGAUGAUCGCAGUCGUCGUCGCCGGGAUUCCCGAUCCCGUUCCCGCACGCCCACUGGAACGCCACCAACUGCCGCUCCUCGUUGUCGCCAGCAGCAGUCGCGCAAAUACCGCGAACGCGACUCCAGCAGUCGCUCCCGAUCGCCGAGGGAGGAGCAGCGCGGGGGAGCUCAUCAGCUGCUCGGCAAAUCCAGCGGAUCAUCGGCUACCACAGCAGCAGCAGCGGCUGCAGCGGCCGCUCUGGCAGCCGCCAAUGCAGCAGCCGUGGCCAUGGCGGCAUCUGGAGGAUCCGGAGGAGGAGGAGGCCUCCUGCCGACACCCAAUUACGCACCCAAGAUACCCUCGCUGAUGUCCCUGGAGCUGAGCACACCGGCGGUAGCCGCCGCACCCGCUUUAGAACCCAUUCAGCUGCCCAGUUACUACAAUCCGGGCAUCAUCAAUGCCAACCGCUAUGCGGAGCAGCAGCAGAAGCGCAAGCUGCUGUGGGGAUCCAAGAAGAGCGAGGACUCGGCGAACAAGUGGGGCAAUGCCCACUUCUCGCAGGAUUCGGACGGCAAGGUGGCCUCCAAGUUUAUGCGGCUGAUGGGGAUCAAGAAUGCCGAAGGCGCUGGUGGUGGAGGAGGUGGUGGUGACCAUGUGGAGGCCAGCAAUGGGAGUGCAGCCGGCGAUGGAGGAGGAGGAGCAGCUAGAGAAGGAGCUGCAUCCGCUUCGUCGUCCGCCUCGGGCGCUGCGAAGGUGCCCACGGAUGUGCAGCAGCGACAGCGCAUGUUCUCCAACAUGGAGCAGCAGUACGAGAUGGCGCGAGCCGCCACUCACACGAUGCGCGGCGUGGGCCUCGGUUUCGGCUCCCAGCCACGCACUUUCUAGAGGGGA